AUGGCAUCAGAGACGAUCACGCGAGGGUCUUGUCUUUGCGGCAAGAUCCAGUACGAGAUCACGGGAAAGCUAGACAACAACAACAUGUGCUGGUGCAUCAGCUGUCGGAAGGUGACGGGCUCUGUGGCCAUGGCCAACACAUGGUGUAUGAAAGAGAACUUCAAGCUGCUCCAAGGAGAAGACUCGCUCAAGAUCUACUUUGACCGCUCAUGCGACUCGGGGGGGUGCAUCGAGCGCGGGUUCUGCACGUCGUGUGGCUCGACCAUGAUCUCGGAGAACCGCGAGAAGUUCCCUGGCGCGUACAUCGUUCCCGUAGGAUCUAUGGACAUCGAUCCGAGCACGGCGGACUGGGCACCGAAAGCUGAGUACUACGUCAAGCGCAAGGUCCCUUGGAUCGAGACGCCGGACAACACGACCAAGUACACAGAGCUAUGGUAG